CAGCUCACCCUCCGCUCCGCCAUCACUUCACCUCCCGGCUGUCGGAGCUUCAGUGUGUCUGAAAACAUUUUUGUAAUUUUGUUGUGUUUUCGCCUGCAAACAUGGCUCAGGUCAACACCUGCCUCAAACGCACCUUCACCGUCUUCAACAUCCUCUUUGCGAUUAUUGGCGGUCUCAUCAUCGCGUUCGCUCUGCUGAUUCAGGUCCUCACAAAUAUUCAUGGAGGCGAGGGAGUCGGCCUGGAGGGUCGGACAUCCGGCCUCAUCGGCCUCUAUGUCGUGGGCGCCAUCACCAUGGUGAUCGCCAUCCUGGGAGCCUACGGGGCCCACAGGGAGAGCAAAGUGUCUCUGAUCGUGUUCCUGGUGUGCAUGGUUAUUGGAACUCUGCUGAUGCUCCGAGUUGGUAUCCCCACUGCUGCCAUCCGUCCCGAGCUGAAGGGCAUCAUGGAGGCAAGGGCUCGCGAAAAUCUGCCUCUGGACCAGGCUUCAGAAGAGGUGAAGGCCCUGGUUGAGGAACUGCAGAAAGGGCUGCACUGCUGCGGUCUGUUCAGUUACAAGGACUGGGAGGACAACAUCCCCGACUCCUGUAUGUGCAACCAGGAGGAGCAGAUGGAGAUGGAGUGUGUGCCAGUCAGUUACAGAGUCACGCUGCAGAGGAAUUAUGUCUACAGCCAGAGCUGCUUCCCCAUCAUCACCUACUACAUCCUGCUGGUCGCUGACGUCAUGAUUGGAGUCUGCUUCACUCUGGCCAUCCUGGCGCUGCUGGGCAUGAUUCUGUCCUCCAUCAUCAUCCACCAGUUGCGUUACCCCGACAGACCCACCGUCCUGCUGUCCGUCCCUGCCAUCUUCGCCACUCCUCCUCCCAAAUACCAGGAGCUGCACAACCCUCCGGCGUACUAAAGGAGCGACGCCACUUCAAUCCUCUGUUGUUAGCUUCAUGUAGAGGGUCAGGAAGUCGAGCGGUUUAUGUUGUUUGUCUGUUUAUUCUUGAAUUUGAGGCGAUCUCUGCAGUUAGAGGACGGAGCGUCCAAAGUGCCUUACGUCCCUGUGAGGAGUCCAGACUGUCGGCUCCACUGAGAUCAAUGGACGGAAACUGUAUCACCACUGGGUUUCAUUUUCUAAUGCGGCUCUGGAAAGACCUGCAGCAACUUUUGUUUUUUAAUUUUUUAACUAGUGCAGAGUGGAUCUGAUUAGUCUGUGCGUUGGGGGCGGGGCUUGUUGAUCGCUUGUGUUUAUGUCCAAAUCUGCUGUUCUCAUAAAACCAGAGAAGAUGGAGGUCGUUAAAGUUUUGUUUUUUCCAACUAUCACAAGAUAAUUACCUAAAGUUGUUCAACAAAACAGUCUCAUUGUAAAAUAUUUUGUUUCCAACAUCACAAAAGGAAAAAAUGGGAAAUUUUGAGACUUUAUUCUUUAUUCUUUUUUCAAUGGACUCUGGCACCAAAAAUCCUCCUCUGGAUACACCCGAGAUGACUUGAUUGAGGAAAGUCGAUCACAAAAUAAUUUAAAAUCACAUUAAAGAGAAGAUGUGAGCUAAAAUGAACGUCUCUGUAUAAAGGUGGAAUUUGUAGACAUUAAACUUUUUCAUUUUUUAUUUCUAUUGUAAGUUUUGGGCCUGAUCCUCCUCUAGAUAGG